AUGUACUUCCAUUCACUUGUACUCACAGCUCUAUGCUUAUCAGUCUUCAGUUCUGCUUUGGAGCAGAGGACUGAUGUUGACUUGACUAUUCUGACGGAUAAUGAUUUACAUGGGAACAAGACUCAGCGACUGGGUGCCGCAAUUUUGAUUGGCACUAUAGGGACUUACGAAGAUGCCGUAUAUAUAUGCGAAGGCCUUCACGAGAAGCUUUGGUCGCCUGCUCUAGGUGGGUUCCAAGCUGGCCUGAACAACUCUCUGUCCUACGAAGCGUAUCUCAAGGACAAGAACAACUCCGAAAGCGUCUACUGGAUCCAGCGUACCACGAACUCGACUUCAUGCUCGACUAUAUCAACCAACGGCACUGUACAAGAGAGCUCUUGCAGUCAGCUAUUGCCAGCGCUCUGCACUCAGUCUGCACCCAUGGCGUACCCAGCAUGGGCCGAUACGUCUCCAAACUACCGUGUCUCACAAAGGGUUGGAGAGCAAACAUUGACCGGCUUUAGAGACUUUCAUACAUUUCGCUUUCACGGUGUCCGCUUCGCGGAACCUCCGAAGAGAUUCGAAUUCUCUACAAUGUAUGAAGGGUAUGGACAUGCUGACGCCCUGGAGUACGGAAACGAUUGCGUUCAAGCACCGAUGCCAUACCUCGGUACCAUGAGCGAGGACUGCCUUUUCAUGAACAUUUGGACGCCGUACCUGCCUUCAACCUUGACCCAAAAAGUGGCCAAGAAGAAACUGAAGCCCGUCAUGUUCUGGAUAUAUGGUGGUGGGAACGUCGAAGGCUCUGGCACUGACCCUGAAAAGGAGGGUGGCCAGCUAUCGUCGCGCGGCGGUGUCGUCGUGGUCGAGUUUAGUUAUAGGCUGGGAGCUCUGGGGUGGAUGUCGUUCGACGAUGGGGUUCAUAAUGGGAACUACGGGGUCUCAGACAUGCUGAAUGCUCUCAAGUGGACACACAAAUAUAUCAGUGCUUUUGGUGGGGACCCCGAUCGCAUCACCAUCUUCGGGGAAUCGGCUGGUGCGUUAGGUGUACGUACGCUAUUGACGUCUCCGUUGUCAAGAGAUCUAGUCUUCGGGGCAAUCAUGCAGAGUUUUCCGGCUGGAAUACUUGAUAAUGGAAGAUAUGGAGGAUGGUCGAACUUUUCCGAACCACUACGAUGUUAUGAGAGGUUUACGAAGACCAUCGUCAAUGACAGCGGGUGUGGCAAUGUUACAGACGAGGUUGCCUGCAUGAGGGAAGCCGAUCCGUAUAAGUGGGUUGAACCAGGACAAAGGCAAUCGCACUUACCGACUCGAGAUGGUGUAAUCAUUCCAUACACCGGGCUGCCUGUAUCGGGACCACUUGCGACCCCUCGAAAGACAAGAUUGGCCGUUGGCACAACACGAGAUGAGGCUGCAGGUUCUAUACCAGACAAUCUUCCGUUGAAUUUCACGCAGCAAAUGGCUCUCCUGGGUACCGUAUUGGACAUAAAUCUGGUCUUUCUAGCGAGCGAUCCUUCAUUCAAUCCAGAACUAGGUCCUGGGUGGGCCGACAUUUCGAACGAGGAAAAGUCAGGUCGGCUUUUUAAUGCAACCCAGCGUAUCAUCACCGAUGGCUCAUUCACAUGCCUUGCAACGGCAACCGCGUAUUCCGCAGCUAGAAAUAAUGUCUUCGAAUCUGUGUAUCAGUUCAGUUUCAACAGAACGUACGUUGCACCUUCAGAAGCGACACUUGAGAAGCAAGAACUUUGUGGUAGAUUUAAGCCCAAACCCGAUUCUGAGGAGUACUAUAAAUGCCAUGCUGCCGAAAACCCUGUUGUGCUUGGGAAUGUGGGGUUUCUGGGCUGGCCCGAUCGAGACGGGACCGAUAUCAGUUAUUCGCGACUAAUUGUUGAUUAUUGGAGUUCAUUCGCUCGAACAGGUGAGAUGAGAAUCGAUAUGGAGUACUUAAGAGCGAGAGGCUUCCACUCUACCGAGAAACAACUCUCCGAUGCUGGGUCGUGGGACACGGUGAAUGCAAACCCUGGUCGAGGCCAUAGAAUUAUGAAUCUUCAAUGGUCCGGGCAAGCAGUGUCGGAGUGGUCGGAGGAACAAGCAAACGCAUGUAGAAAGCUCGGGUUUCCUCAAGACUAUUAUGAGAGUGUUGACUAUCUGGCAAAGUAG